CGGCGUUUCUUGAGGACUGCCAGAAGGCAUGGGGAAAGACGCUCCUUGGCUGGGCCAGGGGUGCAACUUGUGGCACGAUUGAAGGAGUCACCUGUGACUCUUCAGGCAUGAUUACCUCGAUAGAUUUGACAAGUACAACUCUUGAUGGGUCUAUCCCUAAUAGCAUUUCCUCGCUCACUUCAUUGAAAACACUAGCCAUGUCUAAUUGUGGGCUCAAAGGGUCUAUUCCAGCUGAAAUUCUAAGCCUCGUUUCAUUAAAGAUCUUUAAUGUGACAAAUAAUCAGCUCGCCGGACCCAUUCCAGCCGCAAUUGGAAAGCUCACCAAUCUGAACGAACUAUCUGUCAGAAAGAACGCAUUGAAUGGCUCCAUUCCUGACAGCAUCGUGUUUCUCAGCGGACUAAAUUUUUUGUCUCUUUCACACAACAACUUCACGGGCUCCAUUCCUAACCAGAUCUCCAAGAUUUCUUUUGUCGAUUAUCUGUCUUUUGCAAUGAACCGUUUGACGGGCCCCAUCCCCGACAGCAUAUCCAAGCUUGAUCAGCUUUCUUUUCUGAGUCUUGCAAGCAACAAUUUGACGGGCUCCAUUCCCAACGGCAUCUCCGAGCUUUCUAAGCUCACUUAUUUAAAUUUCUCAUCCAAUUCCCUCAUUGGCCCCAUAGUCGUCGACUUUGUUUCCCGUAAUCGCAUCGCCUAUCU